UGCCAUGUGAACUGAAUGACACACUCACACACUCACACACACACACACACACACACACACACUGAAGAUGCCCUGAUACACACCUGUUCUGUCCAAGAGAAACAUGAUGCACAGAAACAUGGAAACCAUUUCUCUGUAGGCUGCCCAUUAUUGUGCAGUGGUGAGAUGACGGAAGUGGAGUCGGUGUUGGAUUUUUCUUCAUCGGGUCGUUCAGGCCGACGGAAUGCUCUGCCUGACAUCCUGGGCUCUCCGGCUGGUGUGAACCCCUCCGACCUGCCACUCAAACUAGUUGAACUCACAGAUGGUCCUGGAGGGGCUCAGUCUCCAACAACACAGGAAGUCCCGCCCCCUGCAGAAAGCUCAGAAGAGAACCAGGGAACCUGAAAUCUCUCUCCACGUCACUAAAUGAACAGCUGCUUUGCAUCACCGAUGGAGAGAAACAGAAUGAGAAAGGGAUGGAGAGAGAAAUAGAAAUGUAAAGGUGGCAGUUCAAUUAGUCUGUGGUACUGGGAUUGAUCUUCAGUGAUGGUUGUGCUGCAGACUAACACUGGCCUUUCACACACAGAUUCUCUCUCUUCCUCUUUCACACACAUGCAUUCACAAACACACACUUACAUUCAUAAAGGCCACAGACUACGAAUCUCUGAAGUGAAGGGACUAAUAAUCCAACAGGUAAUUUGUCAAAUACAACAAUGAAAUUAAGUUCUUCACCACUAGGGUCACCAAACAAAAUUGCAGUUGAGGUUAUUAUAGUUUUGAAUUUGUUAUUUAGUUUUAACUUUUUUACUUGUCCUUUCAAUUUAGUUUAAAACUGAAGUGUGUAACUUUUUUUUUAAUGUGAAAAUACCUAUAUCCCAGCUUAAUAUGAAGAGACAACUAUAAGUAAGCCAUUCAUAGUAUGUCGAUUUACUGAAAACUGUUAACACACUGUCUUUUUGGUGCUAUAAAAAUAGCUCUGUUUGUUUGAGCUGCCCAGAUGCCAAACACAGCAGCACUGACAACCAAUAGUGUGCAUUUGGGGCGGGACUAUCUGUUUGUUUGACCAUUGGCAAACAGCUUUUCAAAGCUGUUGGAACAAUUUUGAAGUAAUGAAAGUGCACUUUAUUUUAUUGUUUUCACAAUCAUUUUUUUAAAUUUGUGUUAAAAAUGUUUUCAUUUAGGCUUCAUUUUCAUUUUUGUUUAAAUGAACGUUAAUUGCACUCUUUGUUUGAGCAGCCCAACCAAUGGCAGAAGCGGGGAGUGUUUGAAAGCUAUAUGAAAACAAUCAUUAUUUUUGGUGCCACUUGUGGCACUUAAAUUACACGCUGCAGCUUUAAGUGUCAACUGAGAUGAGACAUAUAUUUUUAUGUGACAUUUGACAGUAUGUGUCAUGUGGCACCUGUGUAUUAUAAAAACUUUCUUUAAAUGUUAAAUAUUGCAGAAAGGGAAUGUAAGAAUCGGACUGUCAUGUGAAAGAGGCGGGUUACCUCUAACAUACAAGUCUUUAAAGUAUUUGUGCACUGAAUGCUUCGUAUGGGUAUAUGGACUCAUGUAAUAUAUAAUAAUUCACAGCAUCACUAGCGUGUGUCAUUAGCAUAUAUUGGGGGAGCUGGCAAUGUCACAUGUGUUGCAAACACACAAGCAUCACUUCUGCAAACACAGCUUUCAAUGUCACCUUCUGCCACUCAACAGCUUGAAAUGCGUCAUCUGUUCACAGCUAUUAGCACAUUGGCUGACGUGCGACAGAGACAACAGCAUCAAAGAUUGCCAAAAUGACCUCAGAUGACUGAAACAGGACUGUGAGCUCGCUGAGAUGAGCCAUGGUUCAUAUGAUCCAUCUCUAUAGGAACGGUCAGUUUUUGUAAAUAGUGUAAUACUGUGCCAAGAUUAAGGGUAUUUCCUAUGUGUUUAUAUUCAAUGUUUUACAAAUGUGUCAGGUCCCCUGUUGACUCUGUUUUGAUUCUUCAUAGUGAAAUCAUCAAAAAUAAAAAUUCUAAUUCUAAUAAAAA